AUGAAAUUAUUAUUUAUUUCAUUAUUAUUAUAUCUAUUUGAAUAUAACUAUGUUCAAUGUCAAACAUGUUCUGCAACACAAGAAUGUACAAAUAAAGCUUGUUGUAGUAAAUUCGGUAAUUGUGGCUAUGGACCAAAUUUUUGUGGUACAGGAUGUUUAUCAAAUUGUAAUGCAAAAGCUGAAUGUGGUCAAUAUGGUGUACAAAAACUAUGUCCAUUAAAUGUUUGUUGUAGUCAAUAUGGAUUUUGUGGUACAACAUCAGAUUUUUGUGAUAUAUCUAAGAAAUGUCAAAAUAAUUGUGGUGAUAAACAAUUACCAGAAUGUUCAAAUAAUCAAAAUAAUUUAAUUCAAGUUGGAUAUUAUGCAUCAUGGGCUGCAUCUCGUCCAUGUCAAACAUAUAAAUCAAUUAAUAUUGAUCCACGUGAUUAUACACAUUUAAAUUAUGCAUUUGGUAAAAUAUCAAAUGGUGUUAUGAUAAAUCCAGAUGCAAAAGAAGAAAAUAAUAUGAAACAAUUUGUUGCUUUAAAACAAAUUAAUUCAAAUUUAAAAGUUUUAAUAAGUGUUGGAGGUUGGGCAUUUAAUGAUCCAGGACCAACAAGAAACGAAUUUCAUAAUAUUAUAUCAACUGAUGCUUCUCGAAAACGUUUUAUAAUAUCAGUUACUAAUUAUUUAAAAAAAUAUCAAUUUGAUGGUAUUGAUAUUGAUUAUGAAUAUCCAGCAGCUAAUGAUCGUGGUGGUUCACCAGAGGAUACAGAUAAUUAUGUUAAGUUAGUUAAAGAUAUGAGAAGCGCAUUUGGUAAUAAUUAUAUGAUAACUAUUGCAGCACCAGCUAGUUAUUGGUAUUUAAGACAUUUUAAAAUUGGUGAAAUGUCAAAAUAUAUUGAUUUUAUUAAUGCUAUGACAUAUGAUAUACAUGGAACAUGGGAUAGCGAUAUUGCAUCAUUAGGACCAUAUGUUAAAUCACACACAAAUAUUCAAGAAAUAACAGAAGCAUUCAAAUUAUUUUUAAGAGAUGGUGUAAAUACAAAUAAACUUGUUUUGGGUCUUGGUUAUUAUGGAAGAUCAUUUACAUUAGAUGAUCCAUCAUGUAAAAAAGUUGGAUGUAAAUUUAAAGGACCAGGAAAACCAGGCCCAUGUACAAAAACACCAGGUGUACUUGCAUGGUUUGAAAUAGAAGAUAUUAUUACUAAAAAUCAAUUAACACCAACAUUCGAUCAAGAUUCAAUGUCAAAAAUAUUAGUUUGGAAUCGUGAUCAAUGGGUAGCAUAUGAUGAUGAAGAAACAUUAGCAAUGAGACGACAAUAUGCAGCAAAACAUUGUUUAAAAGGUAAAAAAAAACAAAGAAAACAUUCUUAUAGUAAUAAACAUAUUCAUUUAGUUAAAAAAUUGAGUAUAUAG